AAUGCAAACCGCCGCGAGAGCAGAGGACUCCGGCCUCCGGGACUCGGCGCGAAACCGGUUUCCUUUAUAACCCCAGUCGUGACGUCCCCGGUCUCCGCACGGCCCGCCCGCCGUCCCCUGCAGCUGCACCGCUGCACGUCGCCUCUCCCACUUCUCCCGUCCCGUCAAAGAAUCUCCUUCACCGACGACUCCUCCGACUCCCGACUUCCCGGCGUCCAUGGCCAUGGCCGUGCAUCAUCAUCAGAUGGACAUAGCGCCGGCCGAGGGCACCUCCCCGGCGGCCGCCACCGGCGCGGCGGUGCGGCAGCGCAGGUGGUGGCUCCGGCGGAUGUACUCGCCCGUGGGCGUCGCCGAGCGCGAGCAGGGGGCGGUGACGGCUGCCGUGGACGCCGCUGCGGACGACGAUGGCGGCGUGGCGAGGAAGCCGCGGCGGGGCGGGUGGCUGCGUCGGCUGGUGCCGCGGGAGCACGCGCUGCGGCGGCGGUGGAAGCUGCUGAGCGGCGCGCCGUCGAGGCUGGCGGCCGGGCUCCCGCGGUGGAAGCGGAUGCCGAGGCGGCUGUCCGUCGGAGGAGGCUGCGCGUCGGCGCUGCUCGACGCCGCCGCGUUCCGCGUCAUGUACGUGGUGGAGGCCGUCGUGCUCGGCCUCGCGCUCUCCUGCUUCUUCUGCUGCUGCGGCUGCCAGAUAUGAUAGCACCGCGCAGCCGCCCUUCUUGCUCGCCUUCUUCCGAUCCGCCGAUGGGUGGGCAUGUAAUUUUCGCCUGGUCUCUCUAAUUAUUGUUUGCUGUUUUCAUUACGGUGUAAAGUUUCGCAUCCUUGAAAUUUCCAUUCGCGACAUCGAUUUA